AUGUCGGUGUACGAGGACAUCCAGAAAUGGGAGUUGUCAAUCAACCUCCGUUUCAUUCAUGAAUUCAAUUCCUGGGAAUGUAGAAUUGAGCUUCUGGUGGAGGAUGUCGAACUGGUUCUUCUUGAUGAUGACAAAAGUGUCAUCUACGUAGCGCAGCCAGAUACUAGUGGCACACCAGCUCGCAACCACCUUGCGCUCACAGCUCGUUCACCCUAA